GUGUUGUCUUUAAAGAAUUUCUGGAAAGAAGAAGAAGAUGAAGCAGUAUAAGGUGACUGUGUUGGUCAAGAAAGAUCUCUCUAGAAGCAAGAAAAGAGAAGUUAGAGGAUGGAGUCUUCAGAUCAUAACCACAAUAGUAUUCUUCUUGUCAAUCGCGUCCUUAGUGAUCAUUCUUGGACUCGAUGACGAUCACGUUAAGAAAUUCUUGGUGUCUGAAGAACUUUGUUUCCCUGAACUGCCUGCAUCAUCUGUCUGUUCAAACAGAAGUAUCAAUCUGGAAGAUUUGAUAGCUCCCAAAGAUAUGCUGCAUUGGACAAACGAUGAGGAACGAUUAUUGCUAGCGUCAAUGGUGCCAGGUAUCUCUGAGUACCCUCGCAAUCACACACCUAAGGUGGCUUUCAUGUUCUUAAGCUGGGGAAGAUUGCCAUUGGCACCAUUAUGGGAGAGGUUCUUCAAGGGACAUGAAGGUCUCUACUCAAUCUACCUUCAUACAUCGCCAGAAUUCUCCGAAGGGCCCCCAGAAUCCUCUGUAUUUCACAAGCGUAGGAUUCCAAGCAAGGUUAGAUGGAUACAUCUAUGUAGUUCUCUCUAAUAAACAUAGCCUAGAUUUCACAAGAAGUUGUAAUGUUUGAUUGAAUUGGUUAUUGCUGGAAGUUCAAUGGGGAAAGGCAACGAUGAUCGACGCUGAAAGAAGGUUAUUAGCCAACGCCUUGCUUGACUUCUCCAAUGAAAGAUUUGUUUCUCUCUGAAACAUGCAUUCCUCUGUUCAACUUCACUAUAAUCUACAACUACCUAAUCAACUCUAACCUCAGCUUCGUUGACUCAUUUGAUGAUCCAAGAAAGAGGGGUCGUGGCAGAUACAACAAGCGAAUGUCUCCAACCGUGUCAUUAUCCGAUUGGCGUAAGGGCAACCAGUGGUUUGAAAUCCACCGGAAGAUCGCCAUCGAAGUAGUAUCAGAUGUGAAAUUUUACCCUGUAUUCAAGGACAAUUGCAAGGGUCCAUGUCAUUGCAAGGCUCCCUGUUAUUGCAAGUCUACAUGUUACAUGGACGAGCAUUACUUGCCAACUCUUGUGACCAAACUAUACCCUGCAAUGAACUCUAAAAGGAGUAUCACUUGGGUGGACUGGUCUAGAGGAGGCUUCCAUCCAACCAAGUUGGUGAGAAAAUACGUUUCUGAAGAAUUUCUGAACAAAAUUAGGUAUGGUUUUAAUUGUACAUAAGAUGGUGAGUUGAGCAGUGUUUGCUUCCUUUUUGCAAGGAAAUUUCAUCGCAGUACACUCGAGCCUCUGCUAAGGUUAGCUGCAACACUGUCUGGCUUUGAUACUUGAGCUUGCUGACAUAUAUAUAGAGAUUUUUACUUUUUA